UUUUAAGUCGCGAUAUAUAAGAAUGUGCAUCUAAGCAUCUGAAACACAUUUAUCGUUCUUAAACUUCGACAAAUUCAAAUAUGCCUUUGCAAUACGUUAUAAGGGACAAAAAUGGUGGCUUUGAUCAAUUAAAAGCCGAGGAUGACAAACAAGUACAUGGCCUAAAACCAAACGAAGUUCAAGUAAAACUGAAGGCAGCUUCUCUUAAUUACAGGGAUCUAACGAUAGCAAAUGGUGUAUACCCUCAAGCUUAUAACUUACCAGUCGUUCCUGGCUCUGAUGGUGUGGGAAUUGUCGAAAAAGUUGGCGAAGAUGUCAAAGGCUUAAACAUUGGAGAUACCGUACUUGGGAACUUUUUUACUGAUUACAUCGAUGGAAGUCCCACCGGACAUGCUUUAUAUGGAGCACUUGGUGGUACAUAUAACGGUACUUUUCGUCAGGUCGGAGUCUUCCCUGCUCAUAUUCUCGUUCGCGCACCUAAAAAUUUAAACUUUGUAGAAUCGUCUACUCUUCCUUGCGCAGCCCUAACUGCAUGGAACGCUUUAUUUGGAUCUAACGAACACCAAUUGAAACCAGGUCAAAAUGUCUUAAUUCAAGGCACUGGCGGUGUGUCUAUUUUCGCACUCCAAUUCGCUGUGGCCACUGGGGCUCGUGUCACCGUCAUUUCUUCUUCCGAUGAGAAAUUACAGAUCGCCAAAAAGUUGGGUGCUACCAACUUGAUCAAUUACAGGACGAACCCGGAAUGGGCCAAACCUGCUUUAGAAGUUACAGAAAAUGUUGGUUAUCAUCACGUCGUUGAAGUCGGUGGUGAAAAGACCUUGGGUCAAUCUUUAGAGGUCGCAACUGUUAAUGGAGUUAUAACCUCUAUAGGAUUUGUAGCUAAGCAAGGUAAUAGCCCUGAUAUAACUUCGAUGAUUGCUCAAUUGCUCAAUAAAAAUAUCCACAUUCGUGGUGUUUACGUCGGACCCGUACGUAUGUUUACAGAAAUGAUUGCUUGCAUUGAGGCAAACAACAUUCAUCCGGUAGUUGACAAGGUCUUUCCGUUUGGUCAACUUAAGGAAGCCUAUACCUACCAACAAAGUCAACAACAUGUCGGUAAAGUUGUUCUGAACAUUGAGGAUUCAACUUGAUAGAAACGAAGUGACAUAAUUUAAUGAAGCUAAUUUAAAAUUGACACUAUAUUAUGACAAUAAAUUAGGAAGAAACUAAUCUAGAUAUUGGUUUGUGACACGAAAUUGCCCAUCAUUCCCGUAAUUGUAGAGAUCAUUUAGGAAAUCUUAUUAGAGAAAGAGAAAUGGAGCCUUUUGUUCCUGUAU